UGGGUUGCGUAGCAACAGCGUGACGCCGCGCCGCCAAACAUGGCAGUCGAGAUUAGCUAGGGAAAAUGCACACAACUCCACGAGCAAAUUUAUUCAUACUCUGUGUUAUUAUAUAUCAUUUGAUUUAGUUCAGGAGAUAGGACCGGGUGUGUUGUUCAAAAGUGAACGCAGGUCUGCUUAAGAUUUUGUAUGCACACCUAAACAUAUUCGCUUAGCAAGUUUGCUAGCCAUUAGGCUAUCUGGCUAGUUCAAUUCAUCUACAGAAAAUACUGUUCCUGGAUUAAUGGUCAUCGAAGUCAGCGUUGUUUGCAGAUCUGGUGAUUCAUUUUAUCGGCUUUAUGGUGGUCAGAGUGAUAGUAAAAUGAUUAUCUAACAAAAGGCUAGUUUCAGGACUGUGUGUUUGGGGACAGUGAAACAUCAUCACCAUGCUCUUGUCACGGAUGAAGCCAGCAGUGGGUGGUGAGGCGUCCAUCGGCUCUAAUGAGAAGAAAAAGAAAAAUAAAUCGAAAAAGAUUCCAAGACUUGAGGAUUAUCUAAACCAAAGAGACUACCUGGGAGCUCUGACUCUAUUAGAGUUCCAGCGUAAUGGCGGAGAGUCCGUGGAGCAUGCAGACCUUUGGAUCGGCUACUGUGCUUUUCAUUUGGGGGACCAUAAGAGAGCAAUGGAGGAGUACAAGGCGCUCACUUUGAGGCCAGAGUGUCCAGAGGAUGUUUGGGUAUAUCUGGGCUGUUCUCUCUUUUUCCUGGGGCUUUAUAAAGAGGCGGAGGAGGCAGCGCUAAAAGGGCCAAAAUCUCAGCUUCAGAAUCGCCUACUCUUUCAUUUAGCUCAUAAGUUCAAUGAUGAAAAGAAGCUGAUGGGUUUCCAUCAGAACCUAGAGGACGUGACAGAGGAUCAACUGAGCUUGGCUUCCAUUCACUACAUGCGCUCUCAUUACCAGGAGGCCAUUGACAUCUACAAACGCAUCUUACUGCAGAACAGAGACUUUCUUGCCCUGAAUGUGUAUGUGGCUCUUUGUUACUAUAAGCUGGAUUAUUAUGACGUGUCUCAGGAGGUGUUGGCCGUGUAUCUGCAGAGUGUUCCUGACUCUACUGUCGCCCUCAACCUCAAAGCCUGCAACCACUUCAGACUCUACAAUGGCAAAGCUGCGGAGACGGAGUUGAAGAACCUGAUAGAUAUCUCAUCCAGCUCGUUUCAGUUUGCUAAAGAGCUCAUUCAGCACAAUCUGGUGGUGUUUCGCGGGGGUGAGGGGGCCUUGCAGGUUUUACCUCCUCUGAUUGAUGUCAUAUCAGAGGCCAGACUCAACCUGGUCAUCUAUUAUCUCAGACAAGAUGACAUUCAGGAGGCCUACAAACUCAUCAAAGACCUUGAGCCCACCACACCCCAGGAAUAUAUUCUGAAGGGGGUGGUAAAUGCUGCUUUGGGACAAGAAAUUGGAUCGAGGGACCAUUUAAAAAUUGCCCAGCAGUUUUUCCAGCUGGUUGGAGGCUCAGCCAGUGAAUGCGACACAAUACCGGGCAGGCAGUGUAUGGCCUCUUGUUUCUUCCUGCUGAAACAGUUUGAAGAUGUGCUAAUAUAUCUCAACUCAGUCAAGAGUUACUUCUACAACGACGACACAUUCAGCUUUAAUUACGCCCAGGCCAAGGCUGCCCUGGGAAACUACAGGGAGGCUGAAGAGGUGUUCCUGGUCAUCCAGAGUGAGAAGAUCAAGAAUGAUUACGUUUACCUGAGCUGGUUGGCACGCUGCUACAUCAUGAAUCAGAAGGCUCGACAGGCCUGGGAGCUUUAUCUGAGGCUGGAAACCUCAUCUGACCCUUUCAGCCUACUGCAGCUCAUCGCAAAUGACUGCUACAAGAUGGGGCAGUUCUACUAUGCAGCUAAAGCGUUUGAUGCUCUAGAGAGACUGGAUCAAAACCCUGAGUACUGGGAGGGGAAGCGUGGAGCAUGUGUUGGGAUCUUCCAGCUCAUACUGGCAGGCCGAGAGUCCAGAGAGACACUGAAGGAGGUUUUGCCAAUGUUGAGAAGCACUGGCAACCCACAAGUUGAGUACAUCAUCCGCAUCAUGAAGAAAUGGGCCAAAGACAACAGAGUGGCUCUCUGAUCGCCUUUACAAAUGAGCCAACGCACACAAGGACUUGGUCUUGGACAUUAAUUCUUUUGUAAAUGUUAUUAAAAAUAUAUUUUUAUGUAUGGUAAUCUUAUGUCUGCUUGUUUGUCUGUCAACAAAAUAUGUGAUAAGCACAACAUUUCAGAUGCAUCUUAGAAGGAAAAAACAUCUUAUGUUCUUACAAGGCUUCAACAACUGCAGCCUCACUAUAACAUUUAUUUAGUGUUUGUUACAUUGUAUCUUUUUUUAUAUUUUCAGUUGUCACAAAGAGAAAACUCUAUAUUUACAAUGUGUCCAUGUCAGUUAUGAUUUCUGUCAGACAGACAACAAUGCAACAAAUAAAGUUUAUAUCUUUUCA